UAUAUGUGUGCAAGUGGAUCAUGUUUCAGACAUGCUGGACUUUUGCACAGGCUCCUAAUGCUAUUAGUUUCCUAAUGCUAUCUCUAAAUCUGUGUUGAAAGUAAUAGUCAUAGAACAACAUAUUUUCUGUGUUUUGUUCAUACCCAGUUGGUUUCAGAUUGUGUGUGUGUGUGUAGGCCUGGCCUGUUGGCCCAACACAAUAGUAAGUGCAGAGUAAGCAGUGGUCCAGCACUAGUAUGUGUGUGUGGAACAUGCUAGCACUCGGCCACAAUGCACCCUUUUCGCAGGGAUUUUCAUCCAACAGCACCUUCUCCCUUUUCUCCCUCUCCUUUUCCGCAUUAGUCUUUUUGUGCCUCUCCUCUGCAUUAUGGGUUCAGGGAGCAGAAUUAAGUUUGCCAUUUGUGAAGUACUGCAGUUUGCCGCCUUCUGUGUUCCAUUUUUCAUUGUGAUGCAGCGCUUUGCCUUCAUCCUAGCACAAGCGAAGAGACAGAUGCAGCCCUCUGGUGGAAACGCUAGCAUGGCUUACUGGUUGAUCGUGUCUUCAUCUGUUGCCUAUCUGACAACCGUGGCACUUCUGGUGUGGCUGCCAAUUAAGUACAUGGUGUUCAUGAAGAAGAAAGCCCUGGUGGGGAGAAAGAAGUGGAGACCUGUUGCUCUGGCUUAUGUGCUCCUCUCCACGCUACCCACUUUUGCAUUCCUAAUAGCCAGUUCUGAGGUGCAGAUUAGAAAUGAUAUGCAAUUUGAUACAUUCACUGAGUUACCUGAGUCACUGGUUGUAUUUUCCCUCAUCCUCAUUGACAUUGUGGAAAGAAUCCGUCACUGCAGACUUACCGGCCAGGCUAAUGAAUUACAUCGAAAUGCAGACAUCCCAACCCUUAACCACACUGAGAUGAUGAUGCCAAUAGCCAUUACUGCCACUGGGCCAUCUCCUGCAGCAGCAAGUACUGGUGUGGGGCCACAGAAUGGAGCAAGAGCAGCUAAUGGGCCCACUACAAGGUUACCUGGAAGAACUGUAGUUACAGGGUUAUCAGGCAAUGGGAUGGUCACUGGGUUGCCCACCAGUGGGGCAAUUACAGGGAUUCCAGGCAACAUGAUAGGUUCAGGUGUGCCCAGCAAUGGUGCGGUGCCAAUACUGUCAGGCAAUAACCAGAGGCAACCAUAUACUAUAUCUGGGAUUUGUCCAGGCACUGGCCUGCCCUUAAGAAAUUUCCAAUAUGCCACUGCAUACACAGGACCAUUUCGUUUUUUGCUAGCAAGUGAUGUGCGUGCUGAAGCCUUUGCCGAUAGCUUCCUGUUCUGGUUGGACACAGCUGAAAUGGUGCGAGUUGCAAAUCACACUUCUGUCUAUUUCUCAGGUUGGGCUUUACCAGUGUACCUCUUCAGCUUUCUUUCAAUGCUGCGAUUGGCUCUAAUGCCCCACAAUCCCGUUCUCUCACCCCUGGGGGUGGCCCUACAGGACCUCCCCUUCCUCAUUUUGAGAGUGGCCCUUCUAGCCAUUUUUGGAUUUGUCACUCCAGUACUGUUUGUGAUGAAGAACUUCUUGGUGUGUUUGGCUUACAUUUACUUUAACUUCAUGACCAAGCUUAAAGUUUUCAACACUGAGAGGAUGUUCUGACUGGCCCAGUGAGAAAGUUACAGUGAACUGAACAGCAGAGGAAAACAAAAUUAUGACUGUUACAGUCAAUCUGAACUGCAGUAAGGCUGGAUUUGAAAUGAAUCUGUUUUCAAAUCCCAAAAUUAUUAGAUACAAUACUGUUGAGUAUUUUCUUAUUACAGAAAAACAUAAAGGUCCUUAAUAAUAAUUUUACUUACUAACCUAAUGAAUGAUUUAAUGUAUUAUUAUAAAGAAUUGACAGUGCCAUAAGACCUGUGUUAAUAAGAGAGAUAAGAAUUGAAACCUCACCUGCUGCACUUUGACCAAUGUUUGUUUCAAGUGAUUUUAGUUAUUUUUAUUUCAUGUUACUUUAUCUCAAUUGUCAUGUAGAUUAAAUGUGUAUACACACAUAGAUGCCUUAAAUCACCUGUUCUCUUUUCUGGAAAAAAAAAGUGCUUAUGACUUGCACCGAUUUAAAAAGAAAAAUAGUGAUCUUUUAUUAUUAUUUUUUAAUUUUUACUUUAGUAGUUUUUUUUUUUUUUACACUUAUCCUUUAACAUAUUUUUAUAUUCGGCUAGGAUUCAACCUACAGGGUAUAUUUCUCUCUGUAAUAUCAGAAAUAAAAAUGGAAACUGAAAGUGGUAUUUUCCUGGUAAAAUGGCUUUGUGCACGUACUGUAAAUGCUUAUGGUGUGUUUAAUUUCUUUGCUUUAUGUCCUAUUAUCUUUCUAGCUUCCCUUUUCAGCUUUAAAUGUUUGUUUUUAGGAAAUUUGCAACAGAAAAAGUAUUAGCUCUUCAAUCAUAUUAUACGUCGAUCACGUACACCAGAGGAGGAAACAGGGUUAUUCUGUUUUUGAGUUUGUUUGCCGCCUGACUAACACACACACACACACACACACGAAAAUGAAUGUUAAACUUGAGCUCAUGUGUGUUUUAUUGUCUUUCUGAUGAUAUCAAACCCUAGGCAGAAAUUCUGUAUUUAAUGUCCACCUCAAAACAGAUUCAACCUGCUGUCUGAGGGGUGUGUGUGUUAGUCUCAGACUGUUAAUCUGACACAGUGUUCACCUUAGCUAACCCUUUAGGUAACAUCAGCUAAUCCCAUUAGCAGAUCCUGCUUUAUUAUAAAUUAGAGAGACCUACAUUCCCUUCACUUUUAUUUUCUCCUGAGGUGGUCUAUGUUGAUUCUGAUGAACAUCCUGAUUCUGUUUCCCUAUAAGUACAGGUUCACUGAAAAUAUCCUCAAUAGCUGAUUUGACGAACAGCUUUGAUGCCAUAUACAGAAAAAACUACAUCAAGGACAAGAAAUGGGGUUUUUGUUUUUCGCUCUGUGGCACGUUUUUAAAGAUGUUGAAAUGUCACUUUAUAAUAAAUAUGACUGAUAUGUAGUCCACUAUGACAAGUGGAUGAUAUGUUGUAAAUGUUAUCCCUUGUUCUUUUCUAGAGGGUUUGUGUUUGAGGACAAACAUAAUUACUCAUUGGAAUAAUAGGAAUCUGACAG